AUGUCUAGAGAAAAAAAGGAGGUUCUCUGUUCAGUAUUCCAAAACCUAAGAACACCUGAUGGCUAUGCAUCAAACAUUUCUAGGUGUGUUAACAUGAAAGAUUGUACAUUGACUGGACUAAAAAGUCACGACAAUCAUGUUUUACUACAUGACAUCCUUCCGGUGGCACUCCGAUCCUGUUACCCCAGCAAAGAUGUCAUGGAAAUAGUUAUUGGAAUAUCUAAUUUCUUUAAGAAGUUAUGCUCGAAGGUGAUAGAUACUGAUGAGCUACAAACCCUUCAAGAGAGUAUUGUGGUAACACUCUGUAAUAUGGAGAAAAUUUUUCUACCAUCAUUUUUUACUGUGACAGUGCACUUGAUGGUGCAUUUGGUAGAAGAAGUUAGACUUGGUGGCCCCGUUCACUACCGGUGGAUGUACCCCAUGGAGAGAUUUUUUGUUCAGCUUAAAGCGCUUGUGAAGAACAGAGCUCAGCCAGAAGGUUCGAUUGCUGAAGGGUAUUGCAUGGAGGAGUGCAUGACAUUUUGUUCCAGAUUUCUUGAUGGAGAUACUCAUUUUAACAGACCGGUUAGAAAUCCCGAACCUUCAGGCAAUAUGAAAGAUAUGUACAUGUUUGAGAGUGCUGGAGAACCAAUUGGAAAAGCUACUGUAAGCCAUUUUGAUAGCCAGCUUCUUAUCCAGGCACAUCGAUACAUGUUGCAACACUGCGAUGAACUUGAAGAAUUCCGCAAAGAGUCUGUGGAUGAGGAGAAAGGAAAAUCGUGUCCUUCAACUACUUUGACUCUGGCUUCCAUCGAUAAGUUGAUAGACCAGCACUUCCCUGACUGGUUGGAACAGAAGGUUAUCCUAGGUGAUGGACUAGGAAUCACUAAAAAAGUUCGAGCUUUGGCUGCCAAACCGAGCAAACAUGGUGUGAGAUACAACGGCUAUAUUAUUAAUGGUUUCAGGUUCCACACACUGAGUCGUGAGGCUGCAAGGUCGACACAAAAUAGUGGUGUAGUGAACAUUGCAGAAGAUGGGGUUAAUUAUUAUGGCAGAUUAACAGAUAUAAUAGAACUGACAUACACUGACUACAAGGUUGUUCUUUUCAAAUGUGAUUGGUAUGAUGUCCAUCAUCGUGCUGGUUUACGAAACGAUGAGUUUGGAUUACCACUUGUGAAUUUUUUAAAGAAAAUACACACUGGGGAAAAACUGGAGCAUGAUCCCUGUGUCUUUUCUUCACAAGUGGAGCAAGUCUUUUAUGUUGAACACCCAAAAGCUGAAGGAUGGAAUUCUGUGGUAAGAUUUAAGCCACGAGAUACUUUUGACAUGGGUGAUGAUGAACUGCCACCGGAUGAAGCAAAUUAG